AUGGGAAACGUAAAUGAAAAAGUAGACGCUGCCUCGGCUACUAAUAAUUUGCAGAAUACAGAACCCAAAAAGUUGAAAGCCUGUUGUGCAUGUCCUGAGACAAAAAGGGCAAGGGAUGCUUGUAUUAUAGAAAAUGGUGAGGAAAGUUGUAAGAACCUUAUCGAAGCUCACAAGGAGUGUAUGAGAAAGGCAGGCUUUAAUAUUUAG